GCAAACUUCUACCGCUCAAAUCAAAGUAACAAAAACGCUCAGGAAACAUGAUACCGCAAAACCUCCUGCAAGUAACCACCCAAAAAUGCACGACAGGCUGCCCAAUCCUUGACCGCUUCCUCCACGGCGGCAUCCCUUGUGACUCGAUAACCGAGAUCGUCGCAGAGAGUGGUUCCGGCAAGACGCAAAUCUGCCUCCAACUAUCACUCCGUGCCCAACUCCCAGUUUCCCAUGGUGGUCUCUCCGCCUCCGCUCUCUAUCUCCACACGGAAUUCCCAUUCCCCUUUCGCCGCCUUCACCAACUCUCCCUUUCAUUUCGCUCCUCAAACGCCCGCCAUUUACCCUCUAAUGACAACCCGUGUGAUGGAAUAUAUGUCCAAAGUGUACACUCUGCUGAUGAACUGCUCGAUAUAAUGUCUAAAACAGAGUCUUUCAUUGAAAGUUCGAAAGCCCAGUUGCCUGUUCGGCUCGUUGUGAUUGAUUCAAUCGCUGCUUUGUUUAGGUCCGAGUUUGACAACACCCCAGUUGAGCUUAAGAGGAGAUCGUCCUUGUUCUUUAAGAUAUCUUCGAUGUUAAAGGCAUUAGCGAGGAGGUUUAAUUUAGCGGUUUUGUUGACGAAUCAGGUGGUUGAUAUGGUGGGACCUAAUGAAGGAAUAAAUGGGUUGAGGAUUGGGAAUUUAGGAUCUUUAUAUACGUCAGGUAGGCGGGUUUGUCCUGCAUUGGGGUUAGCUUGGGCUAAUUGUGUUAAUUCAAGGUUGUUCUUAUCGAGACAUGAAGAGGCUAAUAGUGAAGAGAACGGGAAAUUAAUCGGGGAAAGUGGUGGUUUUGUGUGUCAGCAAACAAGGAGAAAACUUCAUGUUGUUUUCGCGCCCCAUUUGCCUGAAUCAUCUUGUGAGUUUGUAAUCACCAGAGAAGGGCUUUUUGGAGUUGAAAUUGCUGCCUGUUGAUGUUGUACGAGAAGAGAUCAUUUGGAGGUAGCUAUGUGGAAUAUUUUUUAUGAUUAGACUUUAGAAGAUAGAAGCAUUACACACUCUUUUUGCAUUUUUUCUAGUUUAAUCUCUCAUUUUUGGUGUUUAUCGUAUGUCACUCCGCAAUUAUGUUUCCAGAGAAUCUUGUUCAGGUUUCCCUUCAAAUGUAAGUUUGUAAGUUAUUGAUACUCAGGAUGCUCUUAUGUUAACUAAAUUGUCUUUUGAGGUUAAUGUGAGUACUAUAUAUGUACAUUGUGUAAGUAUGAUAUGUUGCUGGAAGCAUG